AUGGAUAUUAAAGGGAGUGUUUUGAUGGAAAAAUAUGAGUUAGGGAGAUUACUUGGCCAAGGAACCUUUGCAAAGGUUUAUUAUGGCAGGAAUAUGAAAACAGGCCACAGUGUGGCAAUUAAAGUAAUAGACAAGGAGAAAGUUUUAAGAGUUGGGCUUAUUAACCAAAUCAAGAGAGAGAUAUCUAUCAUGAGACUAGUGAGACACCCUAACAUUCUAGAGCUUUAUGAAGUCAUGGCAACCAAAACCAAAAUAUAUUUCGCCUUAGAAUAUGCCAAAGGGGGUGAGCUUUUUGACAAAGUGUCAAAAGGGAGAUUAAAGGAACAUAUCGCCCGUAGAUAUUUCCACCAAUUGAUCACAGCCGUUGAUUUUUGUCAUAGUAGAGGAGUCUAUCAUCGAGACCUUAAACCUGAAAACUUACUUUUAGAUGAAAAUGACAAUUUGAAAGUUUCUGAUUUUGGGUUAAGUGCUCUUGCUGAAUCAAAGCGUCAAGAUGGACUACUUCACACCACUUGUGGGACCCCCGCUUAUGUGGCACCUGAAGUGAUUAACAGGAAAGGGUAUGAUGGGGAUAAAGUUGAUGUCUGGUCAUGUGGGGUGAUCUUGUAUGUUCUUUUAACUGGUUAUCUUCCUUUUCAUGAUUCAAAUUUAAUGGAAAUGUAUAGAAAGAUAGGAAAAGCAGAGUUCAAAUGUCCAAAUUGGUUUCCACCAGAUGUAAGAAGGUUACUGACAAGAAUGUUGGAACCAAAUCCCAGUUAUAGAAUCACAAUUGCCAAAGUUAAGGAAAACCCAUGGUUUAAAAAGGGCAAUAUUGUCCGAAAACCAAAUAAGGAGUUGGUUCUUUCUACAAGUUCAGAUGGUGCAUCUGCUUCGUGUUCCUCAGAAGAGAAACAGGAAGUGAUGAGGUUUCAGAAUUUGAACGCAUUUGACAUAAUUGCCCUCUCUCCAGGGUUUGACUUGACAGCAUUGUUUGAAGAGCCUCGACAAAAGAAAGAAAUGAAGAUUAGUAAAAGAGAAGCAGGGUUGUUGAAGCUGGAGGCGAUGACGGAGGGUAGAAAAGGAAUUUUGUCAAUUGAUGCUGAGAUAUUCGAGCUCACUCACUCUUUUCAUAUGGUUGAGGUGAAGAAAUGUAAUGGAGAUACACUGGAAUAUCACAAGGUGGUAAAUGAGGGUUUAAGACCUGGGCUACAAGAUAUAGUUUGGACAUGGCAGCCGGAGGCAAAACCACCACCUCCACCUGAGCAACCACAACAACCGGAGAAAGUAGGGUCACUGCCACCAGAGCAGGAUCAGUUGCCCUGA